AAAAUUCAAUCUUAUUUUAUUCUACCAGUUUUUACAGAGCAUGAGGAAUAUGGCGGGUAUUCAGAGUACUUUAGACCAGUGUUAGAAGAAUCAAAGCUGAACACCAGCCGUGGUGGCAUGUGCCUGUAAUCCCAGCAGCUCUGGAGCCUGAGGCAGGAGGAAGGAGAGUUCAAAGCCAGCCUCAGCAAAAGCAAGGCAUUAAGCAACUCAAGUGAGACCCUGUCUCUAAAUACAAUACAAAAUAGGGCUGGGGAUGUGGCUCAGUGGUUGUGCCCCUGAGUUCAAUCCCCAAUACCAAAAAAGAAAAAAAAAAAAAAGAAUCAAGGCUGAGCUUGUGGUUUAAUUACGUGAUUUAAUUUUUCCUAGCAACAAUAAUAAUAAUAAUGUAUGUGUGCAACAUUUAUGAUAUUGUCUAUUUAUUUUAAAUACCAGGUGAUAAAUAAAUAUUGUGACCAUAUAGCCACAUUUGUAAUAUGGAAAUGGAAAAGUUUAUAUAAUUGUCAAGAAUUUUAAAGUUUAUAUCUAAAUUUACAUAUCAAUCUCAUGUGAUAAUGUUCUGUCCUGAGAGUUUCUGGAUUUAUCCAAAAGUAUGUGAAGAUCAAAUAGAUUUUAUUUUUGGAAGAUGCUUUGUAACAAAGGUUUCAAUUUUGUCACAAAGGUUUCAGUUAAACUCUUGGCUGCUUGUUAAUUUUAAGUACAUGUAAUUAGUACAUGCAAUUGAAUUGUCAAAAAAUUUCCUAGAAAAUAUAUCAAGAUUUUAAACUCUCUGCUUUUUAAUUGUUUUCUAGCAUAUAAAAUCAGUAGUAAAAUGCACUCUUUGGGUUAUAAUUCUCUGAGUUCUAACAAAUGCAUAGAGGCAGGUAACUACCAUUGUGUUUAAAAUACAUAACAGUUAUACCCCGCCCCCCCAAAAAAAAUAAUAAUCCCAUUGUAGUUAUCUACUCAUUUGUAGACAAGCUUUGGCCCUACCUGUAAUGCUUGGCGAUCACUAAUUAGCUCUCGUCCCUGUAGUUUUACAUUUUCCAGAUGCCCUAUAAAUGGAAUCAUACACUAUUAUGGUUUUUGAGUCUGUCUCCUUUCACUUAGCAUAAUGCAUUUAAGAUUUAGCCAGAGUGUUGUAUGUUUCAAUAGUUUCUCCCCUUUUAUUACUGAGUAAUAUUCCAUUGUAUGGAUGUACCAUAGUUUAUCUGUUCCUCUGUUGCAGAACAUUUGCUUUGUGUCUAGUCAUGGAUAAUGAUGAAUACAGAUAUAAUCUAAAUGUUCGUGUAUAGGUUUUUAUAUAAAUGUUGAUUUUAAUUUAAUUUCAUUUGGGUGAAUAUCUAGGAGUAUGAGCUCUUUAUUUUUCCUUCUCAGUAUAUGACUGUUUUGCAAUUGUUCCUAAGGGACAUUUGUGUUGUAGGUAGAAUUCCAACUUGACUGUUCUUCUAACAAUUUAAAGUCAUCCUCCUGUCUUUGAUCUCCAUGGUUUCACAUCCUUACUGAUUAUUCUCCAAGUUUUUGAAUUUCCUCACCAGUCCUGCUGCUGGGGUGGUUUGGGCAGAGGUAGUUACUUUUUGUACUUGUGUUCAGUGAUUCUCGUUGUAAUUGGGAGAGAGAGGCUAAACUGGGUUUAUUCCAUUUUGGCUGGUACUGGAAGUCCUGGUAUUAACUACCAGAAAAAGGUACUUUGCAAAGAAAUUAUAACUUGAUAACAGAUAGGACAGGGUAUUUUUGUUUCUUUGACUUUUUGGUUUUUUUCUUCUUUCCUAGAGUACACCAGUGUGCCUAAUGACUUAUUCUGUGAUCACACAGAUGAAUGAUUCUUUACUGUGGUACUCUUCAGCAACCUCCUUCUAUAUGUAGGACCUGGGCCUCAUUCAUUGCUUGCUCACAGCAUACAAAUAAUUUGUUCUCCCUCAUGAAAUGACCAUGUUUCAAUGCUACAGUGUGACUAUAAAGUGUAAUGAAGAUUUAGGGGAAAGGAGAAGGAUGUCAUUGGAUUUAACUUUGUAAACUGGGAAAUUAGAGAUACCUUUUUCCUUGUAUAUUAAUUGUCUUUUUACAAGAUUUAUGUGGCAGCUACCAUGAUGGCUGUAGACACUAUGCAAUUUGAAAUGGCAUUUCUCUGUAUGAAUUUGGUGUCAGGAAGGAAUAUGGCAGGGACAUACAAACAAGGACUGGAUGGGGGGAAAUGAGAGGGACCGAAACAGGGACAGAGGAGGAGUUUAUAGCACAUCUUAGACAUUGUGCUCACUGGGAUUUAAAAUAAACAUUAAACACAGUAUCUGUAGAGGUUGCCCUGUCCUCGAGGUGUCAAACUGUCAUAGUUUGCAGUCACAGAAUUGUUAGGACACUAGUUCUGACUUCUGAUGAUGAGUGAUAACCCACCAACAGCCCACUGUUUCUAUGGCACUGUUAAUUUUAGGAAGAUCUGGGAGUGGGGACGGGGCACAAAGCGAGCAUUAAAACAUUGGCUCACUUUGAACUGGAGCAGUCAGCUGACCCAGGCGCUUGGAGACCCUUGAGCAGUGUAGCCCACUGGUCAGUCGUGCUUCUCCGUGGCUGCUUCCAUAGGCUCUGAUACCAUUUAUAACUGAGUUUUCUUCACUUCUUUAAAUGAUGUGAUAUAGCCCCAGAGAUGAACCUUAAGCUGGUCUAGAAAUGCUUUUCUUGUGGCUCUUCAACCUACUGGAAGAUCAGGGAGAAUAAUGACUCAGGCUCUUGUUUCUCCCUCCCGCUCCCCCUGUUUAGCACACCUGCAUGUCUGUGCCUGUGAGGUUCUCUCUGUUUUGAGAAGCUGAGCUAUGCAAUGUUGCCAUGCCUUGGGCACAUAUCUGCUUCCAAGCCGGUCUCCUUUGUUCAGUCUGUUAAAGGGACCUCGCUGAGGAACAUUCGAUGGGAAGAGCAAGGAGGCUCGGGCGCUCCGCAGUGGUUUCUGUAGGAGUAGCCUAUCUGGCUGCAUUCAGUGCUUACCAGGGCUGGGGUUGGGGAGAGACAGGGCUGAGUUCCUGUCGCUCUCCAGCAGCUGUAACUUCUUGCAGUGCCAAACUCCCAAAGCCCCUCCCUCACCCCCUUCCCAUUUUAUCGCCUUCCUCUCCACUCCCCCACCCCUUUAUUUUCCUUUCUCAGUCUUUUCCAAGUCUGUUACAGGUGUGGUUCAGAUUUGGGGGAUGGAGAAGGGAUCUGGUUCUCUCUCCAUCAUUCCUUCAUUCUUUUCAGUGUGUUCUUGGCUAGUCUACAAAAACUUCAUAACAGUUUCUGCCUUAGUUUGUCCUUAAAAAUACGUUAUUAGAUCCUUCUAGCAUGUUCUUUAGAAUCUCAAAUAUUUGGUGACAGACCGUUUGAAGGUCCAACAAAAAUAUGGCAUUCAUGAUCCGAAGCAGAGCAGAGUUUGCUAGUUUGGAAUAAUUUCUUUAGAAAGAUUCAAUCUCUUUGGAAAACAAAACAAAACAAAAAACAAAUCUUUUUAUCUUUGGGUUCAAGUUAGCAUCUUUAUCUUCAUGAAUAUGUAUUGAAUAUGAAUACUCCAGAUCAGAGGCUAAUUAGGGAUUCGCCAGAGUUGAAGCCUGGAAAAGUGGUUUAAAAUCACUACCUUCUCUCAGUGUCUUCAUAUUCCUAAUUCAAAUUAAGUACCACAUAUUUUGCUAGCACACUUGACGGGAUUUAAAAGCAUUUAAUGAGAUUAAGAAAUAAUACAGUCUAAAUGAGAAGCAAUUACAAAGCAGUCAUUUUUACAGUUAUAAAAGUGUCUGUGUCAUUCAUUUUGUUCUUAAACUGUGCAGUUGAGUAGACCCGUAUGCUGCCCUCAUAGCAGUAUCUCGUGUACUAUGAGAUAGCCCUCAAAUAUUUCAGUAAGAACGUAAUUGUUGUUGUGAGUUUGCCAACACACCAUGCUGUCUUCUUGCUACUAGCAUGCCUUCCACCCUCCAUCUCAGGACGUGUCCAGCUUGAUGUUCCACCUGACACCAUGCCACAACAGCGUGCAUGCUCCCUGCUCACAACCUAUAUUUCAAGCUAUAUUCCAGAGUCAGUUAAGUAUUUUGGAAGCAAAAUAUUUUUGACUCUGCAGGCCAUAAGGUCUCUGUUGUAAAUAUUCAUCUCUGCCACUGAGGUAUGAAGGCAGCCAUAAACAGUGCGCAGACAAAUGGGCAUAACUGCACCCCAAUAAAACUUUAUCUCCAAAAAUGGCACCAGUCUGGAUCUAGCCAACAGCUGUAAUUUGCUGAUCCUGGUGUAUCACCUAAGCCGAUGCAAACAAAGCAUGCUGGCAGGUUUAAGGAAUGGAUUGAAGGAUGCCUGUCUGUUCUUACAGUGACCACUGUUAACCUGUGGGAUCUUCACAUUGGAUUGAAAGCAGAUCACUGGGAAUCUUAAUCUGGACUAAUCUGUGUUCCUCUUGUUAAUAUCCUCCCACAACUCUAACUAGUAGUAUAUCCUUCAUCUUCACACAUGAGAGGAAAAGAAGGAGGAAGAUGGAUUUUCAGUUCCUCAGCUGUAGUCUGAGUCUACCUUGUUUUUCCAGUCCUCUUAGGACAUAAUAGAACGUUGCCUAGUAAAAUUUAGACGGUUAUUAUUGCCAUUCUAUAAAAACAGUUGGACUAGUGCCAUGAGGUUUCUUGUUUCUGCUAGCUAGUACUCGCUCGCUGCUUCUGGCAUUGCAAUGUGCUUUGCUUAAAUAUUAGACAGGAAAAGUUUGUGUCUACUUUAGCACUUUGGCAACCCAGGCUUUGGGGCUAUUGUAAACUUCUGUAAAUCUUUUGUUACUGUUUCAUUAUGUGGAAUGAAUGUUUCUUUAUCCCAAGUUCUUCCUGCCUGUCCUGUUCUUGGUUUCAGUUCAAGUGUCAGUCUGGAGUGCCAGUAAUAACAGGCGUCCCCUCUGCCCCUUCCUGUUCGGGAGGGGGGGUGUUGUCUCCUACAGGUUUUUUUCUCAUGCUGAAAGUUGGGGCAGGAUACCUAGGUGGCUUUAGUGAUUGAAAAUAAACUGUAAAAUUUCUAUCAUUUAAAUUUGCAGUUCAGAUUUGAUAAGUAAUACAGUAUUAAAUAGUUCACAUGAGAACGCAUCUUGAUUCCAAUCUCAGUUUGCCGGGACUUGCAAUGUGAAACCCACUCUAAUUCAUAUUAUAUAAUUUUUUAGUAAAGGCUAUGAUUUUCUGGGUGGAACAGAUGAACUUUUCUAUUCAGUCAUCCUGAAAGCCAAGUCAUUCUAUAUAUCUGAGCCCUUUCCUCUUCAGUUCUCAGGUUGACUUGACUCCCAUCAGCCCAUCACUCUAUUUUCUCUGUCUGAGGGCUGUUGUACUAGAAAUAUCUGUUUAGACCUGAGAAUCAUGUACUUUACUUUUGUCUUUUCAAUGCCUGUAUAGCAGGGAGAUGAACAGAGGAAGUGAAGGAGUCUGCAUAAAACUCAAUCUUGACUUUUGAACUAAAGCAGAUGAUCAGUGAUUGGCCUCCUUCAAGACCUUAAGGAAGUAGAGAACAGAGCUCUGUAAAGAAUGGAUUGCAUCAGAUCCAUCUAAUUUCCUCUGAUGACAAAGUGACAGUCCAAAAUGAUAAGGGAAAAAUAGAUAUUAUCUAUAUGGAUUCUAGAAAGGCUUUUGAUUUCAUCCAAUGUGACAUUCUUAUCAACAAAUUAGGAGAGUCUGGUCUUGAUCACAUUGCAGUGAGGUGAAAUUCCCACUUGAUCGAGAGGUUUGAUCCAAACUCAGAGUCGUAGGUCCUUAUGUUAGUCUAAACCAGGUUCUUUUCUCCCUUCUUGGAAUUGUUUGAAGGAGCCACCUACUUGAUGGGUUGAGAUCAGGAAUUCUUUGGAAACAGUCAGUGUGUCAAAGUGGGAAUAAGGGUAAAUACGCUUGUCUUCAAAUUAAUGGAACCAGACUCAAGAUACAGAAUGAUUAAGUUGAUAUGUAGCAUGGAAAGGCUCAGGGACCAAAAGGACCCUUAACUGAAUGUAAGAGAAGGCCUCUGCUGUCGCUGGAAAUCUAGACUCGUAGAACUGGAGAGCUAGAGGAGCCUUGGGAGCACAUUGUUCAUCCUCUUCAUUUGCAGAAGGGUUGCUAGCCCAGGAAGGGGGGUGUAUGCUGUUAGCAUUGACUUAAAAACAAAACUUCCUCAAAGCAUAUUUUACAUACCAUAGAAUUUCCUUACUUCAAGUAUAUAUAAUGCAAUGAUUUUUUUAAAUUUUUUUUUAAAGAGAGAGAGAGAGAGAGAAUUUUUUAAUAUUUAUUUUUUAGUUUUUGGCAGACAUAACAUCUUUGUUUGUAUGUGGUACUGAGGAUCGAACCCGGGCUGCACGCAUGCCAGGCAAGCGCGCUACCACUUGAGCCACAUCUCCAGUCCAAAUGCAAUGAUUUUUUAAAAAAUGCAUUUACCAGGUUGUGUAGCUAUCACCAACGAUCAGUGUUAGAACAUUUUCAUCAACUCAGUAUGACUCCUUGUGGCAUUAACUGUAAAUUCCUGUCAACUACUUAUCUCCCAGCCCUAGGCAACCAUCAAUCUACUUUUUAUUAAUUUCUAUAAUCUAUGUUUCUAUAAUCUUGCCUUUCUUUUCUGGCUAUUUCAUGUAAAUGAGAUCUUACAAUAUAUGGUGUCUUGUGUUUGGUUUUUUCCAUCUAUUUAUUUAUUUUUCUCUUUUAUGGUACUGAGAAUUGAACCAGGGCUUUGUACAUGCUAGGUAAGCUCUACCACUGAGCUAUAGCCCCUGCUUCUUUCACUUAGCAUAAUGUUUGAAGUUCAUCUAUGUAAUAUGUAUCAAGAAUUCAUUCUCAUUUAUUGCUGAAUAGUAUCCCUUGAUAUGGAUGUGUUCUGUUUUGUUUAUCCAUUCGCCAGUUGGUAGACACUCAGGUUGUCUCCACUUUGGGCUACUGUGAAUAAUGUCGUUGAUAACAUUCACGUCAUUGUUUAAAGUUCAAUAACUCUUCCUUCACAAAUUUGCGUGAAAUUCUCCAUUAGGUGUGGCCUCUUCUUGUACCCUUUUUCUCCAAGGAUGCUCUGUAGAGUUCCCUCCAAGAUGGAACUCUGGUUGUUAUUAAUGUUCUAAUAAAUAGCCUUAGGGGAUUAGAUAGUCCAGAGAAGAAAAAGCUUGUUAAUCUAAUACCUGUCUUUUGUUCUCUGAUGGCUUAUGAGAAAUUAUUAACCAAAUGUCCUCCUUCUUCACAGAAAAUAAAUAAGAGGGACUGAAUUUAAAUUGUAGCAAAAAAAAAAAAAAAACACUUCAGGUGGGCAUAAGGAAGCACAUUGUAUGAUAGUGGAUGCUAUCAAGUUAAUUUGCAAUAUUACAAAACAAAGCCCAUUCAGUUUCCUCUGAGAGAAGCUUCUGUGCAUGCAUUUAAAUCCAUCCAAGGCCAGAUGGCCUCUGUGAAUCCUAAAAGCCAGGCAGUCUUUUUGUGGUACUUUUCUUUGUGGUUAAGGAAGACAUUUGUCUGUUGGUGUUCAGAGAUCAUUUCAUUGUACCCAUGAAAAAUAAAACUAGUCAUUGGACAGUUUUAUUUAAACCACGGGCUAUAACAGAAGGAGGCAUGAUAUUCUCCCAUGUCCUAAAGAUAGCAAUGUCCCCUAUCUACUAUUCUUUCCCAAAUAAUAGCAGGACUCAUCAUUACUCAGUUCUAGCACUUUAUGGCUUAAAAAUUAAUUUACAAUGCAUUAGACGAAUGAUCUUGAAAAUGUAUACUUGCUUAACUUUUCUGUUUUCUUUUUUUCUCAUCUGGAAUACUUUUAUGAUUUUAAGAGGAAUUUUAUGAAACCUAGAUACCAAAACAUAUUUUAUACAAAUGUAGGAGAUUAGUAUUAAUAGUAGAAAUGUGAACAUGGUCAUCAGCUUAUAACUACAACUAGUCCCUGUGGAUCUACGUGGUCCUUGAGCACAGCAAUGCUGUUGUAUUUGCAUUUGUAUCCUAAGCACUGGGUCUAAGCCCUGAUAUAAUAAAUCAGAUUGAAUUUUUUUUUAUUUAAAAGUUUUUUUAUUGGUGUAUAGUACUUACAGAAAAUGUUGGGGUUUCACUGUGGCAUAUUCAUAGAUAUGUAAAAGUCUCAUUUGAAUUACUUUGAAGUAAGCAGGGGAGAUGCUAUUAUCAUCAUUUUGCAGACUUGAAAUUAAGACCCAAAGUGCUAUAAUAGUUUAGUCUGUAAGUCUGUGAUUUCACGAAUACAAUUUUUGAAUACUUGGAAGACUAGAACUCUGACUCUACCUAAUAUCAAAGGUAGGGUUUCUCAAAGUAUGCAUGGGAUUUCCUGUUACAGUCUGACUUCUGACUUCUGAAGAUGCUUAUUAAAAAUAGAAAAUCAAAUCUCACAAAUGUAAUGUUGAAGAAAGCAUCCAAGUAUGAAAGCAAGCCAAAAAAUUAGAAAUAGAAAAGGAAACUUAACUAUCAAUUUUUAUAGAAAUAAAAAGGAUUAUAAACAAGUGCUGUGAACAACUGUAUGCUACCAAAUUGGAUAACUUAGAUGAGACUGACAAAUUCCUAGAAAUACACAAUCUAGUAAGGCCGAAUCCUGAAGGAAAAAAAAAAAAUCUGAAAAGACCUGUAAAACUAGAAAGGAUACUGAAUCAGUAGUCAAAAACUUCCCCCAAAAGAAAAGCUAGGGGCCAGAUCCUUUCACGCAUUCUGUGAGGCCAGCAUCACCCUGAUAACAUAGUCUAGAAAGAUACUACAAGAAAAGAAAACUAUAGACCAGUGUUCCAUAUGACUAUUGAUAUAAAAAUCCUCAACAAAAUACUGGCAGACAGAAUCAGUAACCUAUUAAAAGAAUUGUACGCCAUGAUUAAGUAGGAUUUACUCUUAGAAUGCAAGAAUGGUUCAGUAUGUAAAGAUCAACCCAUGUAAUACGUAACAUUAUGAGAAGGAAGUGGGGAAAAUCACAUUGUUACGUUAUCUUCUCACUGAUGCAGAAAACGCAUUUGACAGAAUCCCAUACCUUUCAGUAUAAAAACACUCAACACACUAGGAAUAGAAAAAAAACGUUCCUCAACAUAAUAAAUGCCAUUUAUGAAAAGCCCACAGACAAUGUCAGACUCAGCGGAGAAAGAUCAAAAGUAUUUCCUCUGAGACAAGGAACAAGACUACUAUAUCCACUUUCUCCUUUUCUAUUUAACAUAGUGUAGAAAUCAUAGCCAGCACAAUUAGACAAGGAAAAGGAAUAAAAGCCAUGUGAAUUAGAAAGGAGGAAGCAAAAUUAUCCAUGUUCACAGGUGGCAUGAUUGUAUUUGUAGAAGCCUUAUAGAUUCCACACAAAAGUUAGAGCUGAGAAAUGAAUUUAGCAAAGUUGCAGGAUAUAAAAUCACUAAAUAAAAGCAGUUGCAUUUCUAUACACUAACAAUGAACAACAUGAGAAGGAAAUUAAGAAAACAAUUUCAUUAUUGUAACAUCAAAAAGAAUAAAAUAUUUAGGAAUAAACCUAAGAAGUUAAAAGACCUGUAUACUGAAAGCUACAAAGCAUUGCUAAAAGAAAUUAAAGACAAAUAAAUAGGAAGACGUUUCAUGUUCAUGAAUUAGAAGACUUAAUAUUUUAAGAUGCCAGUAUUACCCAAACAAAAUUCCAGCAAUGAUUUUUUUUUUACAGAAAUAGAAAAACCACAGUCCUGGUGUCUGAGUGAUUCCCAGGGCCCAGCAAAGGGACCAAUUUCCAGAGCCCUGAAGACCAGGGGUAACACACCAAAAUAGGGACUCCUUUUCCACUCCACCUUCAUUGGCCCAGCAGCUGCCAAGAACAAAGGCAGUAUCUCCUGGUACCUGGAAAACAAAUGCAGUAUCACCUCACAGAUGGAUUGUUUCUCUGAUGUUCCCAUGAGUGUAUUGGGGGAGAAGCUUCAAGGACAAGUGGAGGAGCAGCGCUGUCCUUCUGUGAGACUGGAGAGGUUCCACGGAAGAAUCUGGACGUCAUAAAGAAAACAGUGGUUCAGGCAGGAAACUGGAGAAACAGGAGAAGAAGCGCUUCAAGAAAAAUAAAUAGAAAAACCAAUUAUAAAAUACGUAUUACAGCUCAAGUUAUCUAGAAAUAACCAAAACAAUCUUGAAAAGAAGAACAAGGUUGGAGGUCUCAGAUUUCCUGGUAUCAAAACUAUAUCACUACAAAUCUAUAGUAAUCAAAAUAGUCCAAGCAUAAGGAGAGACACAUAAACCAAUAACAUAGAAUAGAGAUCCCAGAAAUAAACCCUUGUAUAUAUGAUAGAGUGAUUUUCAACAAGGGUACAAAAACUGUUCAAUGCGGAAAGGACAGUCUUCAACAAAUGGAGCUUCAACAACUGUAUCCAUGUGCAAAAUAAUGAAGUUACGUUAUACCACGUUAUGGUUUAGAUAUGAGGCAUCCCCAAAAAAACUCAUGUGUGAGAAAAUGCAAGAAAGUUUAGAGGUGAAAUGAUUGGGUUGUGAGAGCCUUAAUCUGAUCAGUAUAUUAAUCCAAUGAUAGUAAUUAGUGGUCAGUAAUGCAGGCAGGUGGGGCGUGGUUGGAGAAGUCUAUCACUGGGGAAGUGCCCUUAGGGCUUUAUCUUGUCCCUGAUGAGCAGAGCUCUCCCUCUGCUUCCUGGUUGCCAUGUCUAGAAUUGCUCUUCUCCUCCAUGCCCUCUACCUGAUGUUUUGCUUCACCUGGGACCCAGAGCAAUGGAGUCAGCUAUUUAAGGACUGAGACCUCAGAAACUGUGAGCCAAAGUCAACUUUUCCUCCUCUACAUUGUUUUUGUGAGGUCUUUUGGUCACAGCAGCAACAACAACAACAAAAACCAAACUGACUAAAACACACUGUUAAACAGAUUAACCCAAAAUAAAUCAAAAGAACUGACACCAUAAAUCUCUUAGAUGAAAACAGAUGGUAAAAGUUUCAUGACCCUGGAUUUCUCAAUGAUUUUUGGAUAUAUUACCAACAACAGCACAGACAACAAAAGGCCACAUCAAAAUUUAAAACUUUUAUGCAUCUAAGAACAACAGAGCAGAAAGGUAACCCACAGAAUGGGAGAAAAUAUUUAUAAAUCAUAUAUUUGAUCAGAAAUCAGUACCCACAAUAUUAAAGAAUUUUUACAAUUCAACAAUAAUAAUAAUUUAAAGAAAAAAUUUAAAAAUGUUCGAAGGAUUUGAAUAGACAUUUCUCCAAAGAAGAUUAAACGAAUGUCCAGUAAGCAGGAGAAAAGAUGUUCAACAUCAAGCUUCUGGGGGGAGAUAGAAUGUUGCAGCCAAUGUGGGAAGUAGUAUGGGAGUUCCCCAGAAUGAUAAAAAUAGAAUUAUCAUAUCCUCUAGCAACUCCACUUUUAGGCACAUACCCAAAAGAAUUGACAUUGGGUACUUAAACAGGUGUUUGUACACCCAUGUUCUUAGUUGCAUUCUUCACCAUAGCCAAAAGAGGGAAGCAGCCCAUGUGUCCACCAGCGGAUGAAUGGAAAGACAGAGCUUGGCAUGUUUACACAAUGGGAUAUCAUUCAUCCCCAGGAAGGAAUGACAUCCUGAGACAUACUACAACAUGGGUGAACAUCAGAGACAUUAAGUGGAGUAAACCUGUCACAAAGAGGACACAAAUGCUACAUACUUCCACUUUUAUAAGCCAUACAGAGUAGUCAAAUUCAUAGAGACAGGAGGUAGAAUUAGGAUGAGAGGAGGAGUGAAUUGAAGAUGAAAAGUAUAUACUAUAUUAUUUCAUUAAGAUGCAAAAAUUAAUUUAUGGUGCUAGAUGUCAGGAUAUCAGUUACCUUGGCAGAGGUGAAUAAGAAGAAAGAAGUUUUGAAGAAAGAAGCUUUUUCUGGGGUGCUGGUGAGGUUCGUUUCUGGAUCUGGGUGCUGGGACACAGAUAUGUACCAUCAAUGGAACUCUUUGAGCCGUACAGUUACAGUUUGUAUGUUUUUCUGUAUAAAUGAUAUACUUUUUAAAAAUCCCAAAAUAAUCAUGGACCCCGCCCAAGCAGGGCUCCAGAAUCAGAAUGUCUGAGGGUGGGACCUGGGCACCUGGCAUUUUAAAAACCCUCUUCCAGGUUUUUCUUAAGAACAUUGGACUUUGAAAAUCUCUGCUCUAGACAGGGUAUUGGUAAGUAUCUUUCCGAUGCUCAAUAAUUCUUUGAUGACACUCCCCUUAUAACAAAUAUCCCUUAGAAAAAGAAAUUGACGAUUUCUUUGAAUCAUUUACCUUCUCCUCCUGGGAAAAUGCAUACCGCCUUUCAGGUGCUGAGAAAAAGAACUAAGAAAGCAAUGGCAGGUAGAAAUGUAUAGUUUUACAUUUUCUAUGUAAAAUAUUCUCAUGUGUGGCGAUAGAAUAAUGUAUCAAUAUUUAUCUGGAAGAAUCAAAAACAAUUUUAUUGAGGCCCUCUAAAAGUAUGGCAGGUGCUAGGACCUGGAGGCAUCAGGCAACUUCAGGUGGAGAUGAGACUUCCCUUGGGGAGGCGUGGUGCUGUGGAGCAGGUCUGAAAAGCCAGUUCUCCCACACCUGAGCUACCUGCGCUCCACCCCCGCUCUCCCUAUACAGUCUCCCAGGUAUAGGAGAUAAAAGCUGCUGAAAUUUUUACACUUUUGCUUGUUGAAAGAAUGUUUCUUGCAAAGGCCUUGUUGGAAGGGGCCGAUCGAGGUCUUGGAGAAGCUCUUGGAGGUCUCAUUGGAGGAGGUGUCCAGAGAAGAGGAGGAGGAGGAAGCAUUGGCGGGAUCAUGGGGGGCAUUGUGAACCUGAUCAGCGAGGCUGCUGCCGCUCAGUAUACCCCGGAGCCGCCGCCGCCCACCCAGCAGCACUUCACCACCGUGGAAGCCUCGGAGAGCGAGGAGGUGAGGCGUUUUCGGCACCAGUUUGCGCAGCUGGCUGGACCCGACAUGGAGGUGGGUGCCACUGACCUGAUGAACAUUCUCAACAAAGUCCUUGCGAAGCACAAGUAUCUGAAGACCGCCAGAUUUAGCCUGGACACGUGCCGCAGCAUCGUAUCGGUCAUGGACAGCGACACCACGGGGAAGCUGGGCUUCGAGGAGUUCAAGUAUCUGUGGAACAACAUCAAGAGGUGGCAGUGCGUCUACCUGCAGUACGUCAGGGACGGUUCCGGGUCUCUGGGGAGAUCCCAGCUGCGGGAAGCUCUGCAGGCAGCAGGCUUCCAGCUGAACGAACAGCUUUACCAAAUGAUCGUCCGCCGGUACGUCGACGAGGACGGGGGCAUGGACUUCAACGACUUCAUCAGCUGCCUGGUCCGCCUGGACGCCAUGUUCCGUGCCUUCAAGUCCCUGGACAGAGAUGCAGAUGGCCUGAUUCAGGUGUCCAUCCAAGAAUGGCUGCAGCUGACCAUGUAUUCCUGAAGUGGGCAGAGAAGCCAGGAGGCUCCCUGAGGGACAGGACUGCUGAAGGUCCUGCCACUCUGUCCACGCUUGCUGUGACCCAGCCCAACAGCUGUCACUUCCGGACGAGCCCUCUUAGGAGCCCUGCACAUUUCUGAUAACGGGCUACCCUUAGCUCCUUAAUUAAAAUAGUUUUUUUUUUUUUUUAAUGAAAACUGCUCAGUGGUUUGUAUAUCAGCCCGGGAGAUAGCAGGUGUACGUAGAUGUAUGUAUGUAGUGGGGAGGUAGUCGGCGGGGGAGUUCUAGUGGAAUAGAAUUUAAGGCGUGGUUGCUUAUUGGGCUAAUGAAUUCCAACCAUUUGGAACUUUGUCCUUGUUGUGACUGUUGUUAGUAAUGAAAUUCUUUUUAAUCCUGAAAUAAAUUAACAGAGCACUCCA